CCCGCACUUGCCGCUCUGAGGACCCAAGGUCGGGGUGGGCUUGUAGCUGCCUGAUUUGCCGCCGCUCGCGGUCUUGGCGCUCCAGGCGAGCCAGCGUAGCUGCGUGCUGGGGUAGCACUGUCCCGCUGUACGAGCCAUAUUUAAAGGGCGCGGUCAGAGGGCGCAGGUCGCUCCGGAGUCAGUUCCCUCCUAGUCCUCCUAUUUUUCCCCUCCUGGCGGCUAGAAUUCGGAUCCUGGAGAGGUCUUUGAUGAAAACUUUCCCCUGAAGUCGGAUUGAACGAGAAGUGGAGGGACCGCAGGGGUGUUUUGGGCAAGGUUUUUUCUUGCUUUGUUCCUUCUUGUUAUUGAAGUGUUACAUGCCUCCAGAAAAGUGCACGGAUCCUAAGCGUGCUGCUCAACUGAAAACGAAAAACACUCUUGGAAACAUCUUGCCAGAUCAAGAAACAGAACUUGGGUUGGCCAAGUUUUAGACUUUGCAGUUGCGGGUGCGAGGGAGGAGCCGCGAUGGCCGUUCCUUUGACUUUCAGAGGCACAAACAACUUGUUUAAAAAAAAAAGAAAGAAAGAAAGAAAGAAGGAAAAAGGAAAACCACGCCUCUGUAGAGAAACGGGAAUCAGGCCAGACUCUGGUCAGGCUCCCUCAGGGUAGGAACUGGGCUGUUGGACGGGUAGGAGGUGUAGGACUCAGAGAUAAAGGGCAUUAGGAUCUGGUUGGGAGAGCUGAGGGUGGGGUGGGGAAGGACUAGAAAUUUGAGGGGACUAGAAAUUUGACGGGAUAGAAAAUGCGCUUGUACUGGGGGUGGGAGAGGGGAGGUUUCUGGGCUGGAGGGUUGGGAGGACCAGGGGGACUUGGAGCCGGUGGGCUAAAAGUGGAACAAGGCAUCACAGCCCCUGGGAGAGGGCAGGUUAAUUCUCCAGUGUCCUGGACUUUCCACAGCAAAUGGGUUUCCUGCUGUUCCUUUUCAGCUGCACGGUUAUAAUUAAAACAGUCCAUGAAACGUUGAGAUGAGGGGCCCAGAAAUCCAAGCUCAUUAAGCAAAUAUUUGUGAGGUGUCUGUCUCCUGCCCAGACCUAUGUUAGGAGAGAGGAAAUAUCAUGACCUAUAUGGGAUUAAGUUCCAUAUUGGCAGGCAAGGACCCUGUGUCCAGAGCCCAGCUGAGCACAGAGGUGUAGCGUAUUUGGUAGAUGAGAAAAGGUGGGUGCAUCUUCUCCCGUCCUAAUUUCUCACAUCUGGAUGCUGCUCUGUCCCUGUCCCAUAAGAGCUUCUAUGUGCCUCGUCCCAUUUCAUCCUUUCCAUAGCCUUCAUAACGUCUGGACUCUGGGGACAAACAGAGCUGGGUUUGACUGCCCGGCUGUGUGACAUUGAUCCGGUUUCUUACCCUCUCUGAACUGGUUUCUCCACACAAAAAAGUUAGAAUUGAGGUUUAAAUGAGAGUCAGGGCCUGGCCCAGGGGGUUGGUAUUAACAGUUGUCAGAGUGUUUAUCAAAGUGAGGAGUUAGUUAGGAUUACCAGCUUAAUGAUGUGUUUGGGGGAGAUAGAUGUCUGCGAUGCAUCAAAAACUGAGAUGGAUUUGAUGGAUGGAUAGAUGCACAGAUGUGUGAUUAAGCUAGUAGAGUAGGAUGCUGAUGGUUGAAUCUAGGUGGUGGGUAUUUAUCCUAUUUCUUCCACUUUUCCAUAUUUGAAAAUGUUCAGAAUAAAAUGUUGGGGGGCGAUGGAUUUUGGUGUCUGACUAUACAGUCCCAUUUUACAGAUGAGAAAAUGGAGGAGCUGGAGAAGUGACUUGCCCCAGGUUCAUCUGGUGACUCAAAACAGAACAUCUGGGAUUAGUCCCUCCCCUGGCUGGGUAUCCCUGGGGCAAGUUGCUGAACCUAUCUGGGUCUCACUGCCAACCCGAUUCUGAACCUGGAACUUACAACUUGCAUCUGAUUUUCAAAGGGCAGGGGUGUGUCACCCCCUAAAGAAUAGCAGGUCUCUUCCCAUUUGGGUGCAUAUAGACCCCUCCUCUGGCCUUGGACAUUUGACCUCCCAGGGCUUUGCCAGCGAUGGCUAGACUGGGGGCUUCUUUCACACCCAUGCCCAUUCCAGGCCGCCUGGCCUCAAGACCAUCUUCCUAAGAGGUCAGGUAUGCCUGUGGAAGGGUGGGUAUUAUCUCAUUGCUCAGCAGAUCUUUCUUGAGCACUUAUUAAGUGCCAGGCACUGUUCUGGGGUGUGUGUUGGGGGAGUGGUAGAUACCAUAAUGCACCUAAGAAGCCUGGAACCUGCUACAGAGGGCAGGGGAAACUGAGGCUAAGUGACUUAUUUGCUUACUUGCUCAUCGUCUGUGUCCCCUAAUAGACUGUGAGCUGCAGAAUGGGGGUAGGGGGUAGCGAUGGGGCAGGAACCAGAGUGUUCUUGGUCACUGCUAUAUUCCUGGCACACACUAGAUACCCAUAAACAAUACUUCCUGUAUGAAUGAAUAAACUUGGACAGUCACCCCCCGCAAUGCCUCAGGUCUGCUACCUUUGAACCCCAGUCAGUUCCCUAGUUCCGAGUCCCCCAGGGUUGGCAGCUAUAACAAGAGACAUCAGUGCCACCCAGCUCAGAUCAGGUCCCACUUCCCGGUUGUGUGACCUUGGGCAAAACGCUUCCCCUCUCUGAGCCAAUUUAGUUUUCUACACUGCAAGGUGGGAAUAACUAAAGGUCUCUAGAUGGGAGUUCCUGGAGAUCUCUUCUUGGUGAAGACUGGAAAAAUGGCACCCAGGUAAAUGAAUACUCAGGGUGUAGCCCAGUGGCUCAAUCUUAGCAAAUGGAAGGGCAACCUGCACAAAAAUAAUGUCCUCCUAUGUUGCUGUUCCUGGAAGGGUCACAUAUCUCAGUGGGCCAUGGAUUACUAUAACUAUAUGAGUUAUAGACUGACCACUGUCUCAUGUUUGCGGCAACACGUGUUCACUUCUGGAAUUGAUAAAGUUUCCUUUUACUAUAAUAGUAAAUAAUAACAGCACUUAUCUGGCACUUCCUGUCAGAUGCUGCUCCCCAUGAGAACAUUUUCUCCUAAUGACCUUAUGAAAUGAGGCCUAUUAAUUAUUUCCUCUUGGAAAUGGAGGCACGGAGAGGUGAAGUAAUUUGUCCAAGGUCACACAGCAAAGGAAGCGGCAGGAUGUGAAGCACAGGCUCGCUGGUUUGAGUCAGCGCGCUUAACCUCCGUGGUGUCUUAAAUAAUACGCGUAGUGCCACCAAGAUGCCAGGAUCAAUUGUAAAGCUUAAAACACAUAGGUCUCAAUCACUCAUUUAUUCAACACACAUUUACUGAACUGCUUCGGUAUACACAUGGCUUUUCCAGGGCAUCGGGGAAACAGAAGGUAAGAAGAGACCAGAAUAUAAGUCCCGUUGGCCUGUGCGCCCCGGCAGGGUAGCUCCGAGCUGUCUGGGUGCUCGAUGGGCCCCGAGCAAGGCGCAGGGCACACAGCAGGCGCUCAGCAAGCGUUCCCUGAACGAACGCGCGAACCGAAGUGUCACGCCCGCAAGGCGUACACGGCCCCGCGGGGCGGAAACAGACCCAACACCACCGAGGCGUCCCGGGGCUUCUGGGAGUCCCAUCUGCGCGGCCCGAGAGGCCUCGAGGAGGCUCUAAGACAGGUCGGACCCACGUCCCCGGCGCCCUCCCCGGGGCGUAGCAGCUCAAAAGACCGAUUGAGGGGUCCCGCCCGGAGCGGGCGCGGGUCCGGGGUGCCCGGGCCGCGGCGCGGGGCGGCGGCAGGGGCCUGGCGGAGGCUGCCGGGCGGCCGCCAUGCGAUCAGGCAGUGCGCUGACCGGCCCGGCCGGUCGGCCCCUUCUGGGUCCUCCCUUUGCAGCCCGUGCGGGGCCGUCUCGGAGACCCCGCGCCGACGGCUGCUCAAACAUCAGGUGAUGGUUGAGACUCACUAUACUGAUUUCAUCAUUGCUCAAAUUUUCCAACUCACAAUUUGAAAAGCGCUGAAAAUGAAAGUAGAAACGUGAGGAACCGUAUGGGCAACUUCUACACUCCUGAGAGAGUACCACCUCAAUUCCCCACGCGUCCCAGGCCCAGUUCCAGAAGCGCGUUGGAGGCAUUGGGGCAAUUCUGGAAGCUGGCCCCCGAAAGGACGCUCCCCACGUCCCCAGCUGGGGGCCCUGCGUAGACCUGGAGUGGACACCCCCUCCUUCCCUUCAUGAUUCGUUUGUAGCGCAGUGGCGAUGGAUGAUGAGGAUGGGAGAUGCUUACUAGACGUGAUUUGUGACCCUCAGGCCCUCAAUGACUUCUUACAUGGAUCUGAGAAGCUUGACAGUGAUGACCUCCUGGAUAAUCCCGGGGAGGCCCAAAGUGCCUUCUAUGAAGGUCCUGGGCUCCACGUGCAAGAAGCUUCUGGCAACCACUUGAACCCAGAGCCCAGCCAGCCGGCCCCCAGCGUGGACCUCGACUUCCUGGAAGAUGAUAUCCUGGGCUCACCGGCGGCGGGGGGCGGGGGCGGCGGGGGCGCCGACCAGCCCUGUGACAUCCUCCAGCAGAGCCUCCAGGAGGCCAACAUCACCGAGCAGACACUCGAAGCCGAGGCCGAGCUGGACCUGGGCCCCUUCCAGCUGCCCACGCUGCAGCCUGCGGAUGGCGGGGCUGGCCCAGCGGGGACCGGAGGGGCUGCCGCCGUGGCCACGGGGCCCCAGGCCCUCUUCCCGGGUGGGGCUGACCUGCUGGGGCUGCAGGCCCCGCCCACCGUGCUGACCCACCAGGCCCUGGUGCCGCCCCAGGACGUGGUCAGCAAAGCCCUCAGUGUCCAGCCCUUCCUGCAGCCCGUGGGCCUGGGCAACGUGACCCUGCAGCCCAUCCCAGGCCUUCAGGGCCUGCCCAACGGCAGCCCCGGGGGCGCCGCGGCGGCUACUCUCGGCCUGGCUCCCAUCCAGGUGGUGGGCCAGCCCGUCAUGGCACUCAACCCGCCCACCUCCCAGCUCCUGGCCAAGCAGGUGCCCGUCAGCGGUUAUCUGGCCUCGGCAGCUGGCCCUUCAGAGCCAGUGACCCUGGCAUCGGCCGGCGUCUCGCCGCAGGGGGCUGGCCUGGUCAUCCAGAAGAACCUCCCUGCCGCCGUGGCGACCACGCUCAAUGGGAACUCGGUGUUCGGAGGGGCGGGAGCCGCCACGGCCGCGGCCAGCGGGGCGCCCUCGGGACAGCCGCUGGCGGUGGCCCCGGGCCUCGGCACGUCGCCACUGGUUCCGGCGCCCAACGUGAUCCUGCACCGCACGCCCACGCCCAUCCAGCCCAAGCCUGCCGGCGUGCUGCCCCCCAAGCUCUACCAGCUGACACCCAAGCCGUUCGCCCCCGCGGGCGCCACGCUCACCAUCCAGGGCGAGGCAGGGGGCCUCCCACAGCAGCCCAAGGCCCCCCAGAACCUGACUUUCAUGGCGGCGGGCAAGGCCGGCCAGAACGUGGUGCUGUCGGGCUUCCCGGCGCCCGCCCUGCAGGCAAACGUCUUCAAGCAGCCUCCCGCCACCACCACGGGCGGGGCCCCGCCGCAAACCCCCGGGGCCCUGAGCAAGCCCAUGAGCGUGCACCUCCUGAAUCAAGGCAGCAGCAUCGUCAUCCCCGCCCAGCACAUGCUGCCGGGCCAGAACCAGUUCUUGCUGCCCGGCACGUCGGCAGUCCAGCUCCCCCAGCCGCUCUCGGCCCUGCCGGCCAACGUGGGCGGGCAGAUCCUGGCGGCCGCAGCCCCCCACGCGGGCGGACAGCUCAUCGCCAACCCCAUCCUCACCAACCAGAACCUGGCGGGCCCGCUGAGCCUGGGCCCUGUGCUGGCCCCCCACUCCGGGGCCCACAGCGCAGCCCACAUCCUCUCGGCGGCCCCCAUCCAGGUGGGCCAGCCAGCGCUCUUCCAGAUGCCCGUGUCGCUGGCCGCGGGCAGCCUGCCCACACAGAGCCAGCCGGCACCCACCGGCCCCGCUGCCACUACCGUCCUCCAGGGGGUCACUCUGCCCCCCAGCGCCGUGGCUAUGCUCAACGCCCCCGACGGUCUGGUGCAGCCCGCCACCCCUGCCGCCGCCGCCGCUGGGGAGGCCGCGCCUGUCCUCACAGUGCAGACGGCGCCCCAGGCGUCCCCCGCGGUCAGCACGCCGCUGCCUCUGGGCCUCCAGCAGCCGCAGGCACAGCAACAGCAGCAGCCCGCACAGGGCCCUGCCCCGCAGGCCGCCCCGGCUCAGGCCUCCACCCCCCAGCCCAGCCCAGGCCUGGCGUCCAGCCCGGAGAAGAUGGUCCUGGGGCAGCCGCCCUCUGCCGCCGCCACGGCCAUCCUCACUCAGGACUCCCUGCAGAUGUUCCUGCCCCAGGAGAGGAGCCAGCAGCCCCUCUCCACAGAGGGCCCCCACCUCUCCGUGCCCGCCUCGGUCAUAGUCAGCGCCCCGCCUCCCGCCCAAGACCCAGCCCUGACCACCCCCGUCACCAAAGGAGCUGGCCUUGGCCCUCAGGCCCCCGACAGCCAGGCCUCCCCGGCGCCGGCCCCCCAGAUCCCAGCGGCGGCUCCGCUGAAGGGCCCAGGCCCCUCGUCAUCCCCAUCACUACCUCACCAGGCCCCGCUGGGAGACAGCCCUCACCUGCCCUCCCCGCACCCUCCGCGGCCCCCUUCCCGCCCGCCCUCCCGACCCCACUCCCGCCCACCUUCGCAGCCCCAGAGCUUGUCCCGGCCACCCUCAGAGCCUGCCCUGCACCCUUGCCCUCCGCCCCAGGCCCCCCCCACUCUGCCUAGCAUCUUUGUCAUCCAGAACCAGCUGGGCGUCCCCCCACCUGCGAGCACGCCGGCCCCCAGUGCCCCAGGCCCACCGCAGCCCCCUCUGCGACCCCCCUCCCAGCCCUUGGAGGGGCCACUGGCCCCAGCCUCCACCUCCUCUGUCGUGGCCUCCUCCUCCGAGACGUCCUCCAGGCUGCCAGCCCCCACGCCGCCCGACUUCCAGCUCCAGUUCCCCCCUGGCCAGGGGCCCCACAAGUCCCCCACGCCCCCUCCGACCCUCCACCUGGUCCCCGAGCCCGCCGCGCCCCCCGCCCCGCCUCCUCGGACCUUCCAGAUGGUGGCCACCCCCUUCCCGGCGCUGCCCCAGCCGAAGGCUCUUCUCGAGAGAUUUCACCAGGUGCCGUCCGGAAUCAUCCUCCAGAGCAAGGCUGUGGGCGCCCCCGCCGCCCCGCAGACCUCCGCCAGCCUGGGGCCCCUCGGCAGCCCCACCGCCUCCGGGCUGGUCAGUGGGCAGGCCCCAUCUGGGACCUCCACCGCCCCCAGCCAUGCCCCGGCCCCGGCGCCCGUGGCCACUGCAGGCCUCCCUCCUCUGCUUCCCGCCGAGAGCAAAGCCUUUGCCAGCAACCUCCCCACCCUGACUGUGGCCAAGGCCGCUGCAUCUGGGCCAGGGAAGUCCUCCGGGCUGCAGUAUGAGUGCAAGUUGAGCAGCCUGAAGAAGCCACCUACCCUUCAGCCCAGCAAAGAAGCCUGCUUCCUGGAGCAUUUGCACAAACAUCAGGGCUCCGUCCUGCACCCUGACUACAAGACGGCCUUCCCCUCCUUUGAGGACGCCCUGCAUCGCCUCCUGCCCUACCACGUCUACCAGGGUGCCCUCCCCUCCCCCAACGACUACCACAAAGUGGACGAGGAGUUUGAGACGGUUUCCACGCAGCUGCUGAAACGCACCCAGGCCAUGCUCAAUAAAUACCGCCUCCUGCUCUUGGAGGAGUCCCGGAGGGUGAGCCCCUCAGCGGAGAUGGUAAUGAUCGACCGAAUGUUCAUUCAGGAGGAAAAGACCACGCUGGCCUUGGACAAGCAGCUGGCCAAGGAGAAGCCUGAUGAGUAUGUGUCUUCCUCGCGCUCUCUCGGCCUCCCCCUCGCCGCCUCUUCCGAGGGACACCGGCUCCCCAGCCACGGCCCAUCACCGUCCUCAGCGUCUGGGGCCCCGACCCAACCCCCUCUGCACCUGCCCACCAAGCUGGUGAUCCGGCACGGUGGGGCGGGCGGCUCCCCUUCCGUGAGCUGGGCCCGGGCGUCCUCCUCCUCCCUGUCCUCAUCUGCCUUGUCCUCCGCUGCCUCCUCCCUGGACGCCGACGAGGACGGCCCGAUGCCUUCCCGUAACCGCCCGCCCAUCAAGACCUAUGAGGCCCGGAGCCGCAUUGGCCUCAAGCUCAAGAUCAAACAGGAAGCCGGACUCAGCAAGGUCGUCCACAACACAGCCCUGGACCCGGUGCACCAGACCCCGCCGCCACCCCCCGCCGCCCUCAAGGCGGCCGAGCCCCCGCCCCGGCCCCCGCCGCCGCCCCCCGCCACCGGCCAGAUGAACGGCACAGUGGACCACCCGCCGCCGCCGGCCGCUGCCGACCGCAAGCCACCGGCGCCGGCCCCCCACUGCCCCCGCCUGCCCCUCCGCAAGACCUACCGCGAGAACGUGGAGGCCUCGGGCGGCGGGGCGGCCGAGGGCGCGGCAGCGGGCAGAGCCCGGGGUGGCAGCCCGGCCCCGCUGCCCACCAAAGUGGACGAGGCCACCAGCGGGCUCAUCCGCGAGCUGGCGGCGGUGGAGGACGAGCUGUACCAGCGCAUGCUGAAGGGCGCCCCGGCCGAACCCGCGGCCGGCGCCGGGCAGGGCAGCGGCAGCCGGGAGCCCGGCUGGGAGGCGCCCCCGCUGCCCCCGGCCAAGCGGCGCAAGUCCGAGUCGCCCGACGUGGACCAGGCCAGCUUCUCCAGCGACAGCCCGCAGGACGACACGCUCACGGAACACCUCCAGAGCGCCAUCGACAGCAUCCUGAACCUCCAACAGGCCCCCGGCCGGACGCCCGCUCCCCCGUACCCACACGCCGCCCCGGCGGCGGUCACGCCUGCCUCCCCGACGCCCUUGCACAGGCCGGAGGCCUACCCGCCCUCCAGUCACAACGGUGGCCUCGGCGCCAGGACGUUGAACAGAUAACACCGGGCUGGUCUUCCCUUCCCUGUCCCCUCGCUCCGCAGGGACGCCGCGGGGAGGGGGGAGGGGGGCAGCCGGGCGUCCGACCUCAGCCUCCUGGGGGACACGAGCCGGGGACCCCUUGAGUUUUUCUUGCCUAAGUUAUUUGAGUCACAAAGGCCUCGCCCCCCACCUCCUGCUUCAGCCGGGUUGGUGGGUGGGGGUCGUGGAUUAAGGGGAGGGGCUGUAAUGUAAACUGUCCCCCUGCCAAAGGAGGGGGUAAUCCUGGUGUGUCAUUUCCUAUUUCUUCCCAUUUCCUGCACACUCCGCCCCCCCACCGGGGGACACGUGCGCUUUUGCCAGGGAUGAGGGCUUCCUGGCUGUCCCCACUGCUCACGCGUCUCCGGGUACCGGGCCUGUCCGUGUGGCUUCACGGAUCCCUGCGUGGAGGGCGCUCAGAGCCGGCAGGUCCUUGCGAGCUGCGCUCAGCCUCUCCCCACCGCCCCCCACAGGCCGAGAUAGGAAACGCACGGGAGGGGCGGCGUGAGCCUGCAUGCCGGGACCCCCAGCUGGGAGCGCUGUGCCCGCGGGCAGCUGUGUCCCAUCCAUGUGUGUGCGUCCCGCUCCGUGUCCUAUGUCCCUCUGUGUGCGCUCGAAUGAGAACGAGAGAUUGCGAAGCCUCCAGUCCCUCGACUGAAAUCCGAGCACCUCCAAAACAGGAAACCGGGGUCUUCCUCCCACCCCCUCCCCAGCCAGUCUUCCCUCUGUUCUUCCUGCCGCCAGCCACCCACGCCAGAUUUCGAAAUCUUGGAGACAAAACUAGUACUGUAAGAUAAAUUUUUUUGUACUGUAUUUAUUGUGUAUAACGAUUUUUUUAAAGGAGAAUUCUGUACAUUUAGAACUCUUGUAAAUUAAAAAUCGAUCCUUUUUUUUAAAACUGUA